UGCCAAGACUUGAGUUACAGAAAAUGAAGUUGUAUCCUCUUCUGACGGUGAGUGCUCUAGCAAUUUUCUUGCUAGAGGUUUCUGCACAACAGUGCGGAAGCCAAGCAGGAGGUGCUCUAUGUGCGAAUGGGCUGUGCUGCAGCCAGUUUGGGUGGUGUGGCAACACACCUGAGUACUGUGGAACUGGCUGCCAGAGCCAGUGUGGUGGCCCAACCCCAAACCCCAGUGGUGGCAAUGAUGUUAGCAGCAUAAUCACUCGAUCUCUCUUUGAUCAAAUGCUUAAAUAUCGAAAUGAUGGAAGAUGUCCCAGUAAUGGGUUCUAUACUUACGAUGCUUUCAUUGCUGCUGCUCGAUCUUUUGGUGGAUUUGGCACAACCGGUGACCUUAAUACCCGAAAGAGGGAACUUGCGGCUUUCUUCGGUCAAACCUCUCAUGAAACAACAGGUGGAUGGCCAACUGCACCAGAUGGCCCGUAUGCAUGGGGAUAUUGCUUUAUAAGGGAACAGUCCCCCCCUGGACCUUAUUGUACUCCCGGCGCCUGGCCAUGUGCUCCUGGUAGACAAUAUUUUGGCCGAGGCCCCAUCCAACUGACUCACAACUACAACUAUGGACCAGCUGGAAACGCCAUUAGAGAAGACCUCAUAAACAAUCCUGACCUUGUAGCCACGAAUGCAAUCAUAUCCUUCAAGACAGCCAUAUGGUUCUGGAUGACCCCGGAGGGAAACAAGCCAUCAAGCCAUAGCGUAAUAAUCGGGCGAUGGACACCGUCUGCUGCGGACACGGCAGCAAACCGGCUCCCUGGCUAUGGUGUCAUCACAAACAUAAUCAACGGUGGCCUGGAGUGCGGUCGUGGUCCUGAUAAUAGGGUGGCUAGUAGGAUUGGUUUCUACAGGAGGUACUGUGACUUAUUGGGUGUAAGCUACGGAAACAACUUGGAUUGCUAUAACCAAAGGCCUUUUGGCUAAAUCGAUCUGGACGCUCCAAGGGAAUAAUGUACCAGGCUUUAUUUAACUGAAGAAAAUAAAAAAAUUGAUAACCAAUUUAGAGGGAAAUCAAUGUAAUUUCUUUCUUUUGGUCUAUAAUUUUAAAUAUUUUGUAAGAGAUCCAAUAAAAAGAUUUUCCUAUCUUUCAAAA